AUGGUUCAUUUUUCCACGUCCGCUUCAUCUACUUUAUUAGGUCGUCUACAGCGCGAUGAAGUAACAGCGGUGGAAGUUCUAGAGGCCUAUGUGUGGAAAGCACUGGAAGUGCAAGAAAGACUUAAUUGUUGUAUGGAAGUCAUUAAGGAGGCAUUUGAUGUGGCUACCCAAGCUGAUAAAAAAUGGUCACGGGCUAAAGACAAGCCACCGAUGUACGGAAUUCCUUUUAGUGUGAAGGGCAACUUCUAUGUACCCGGGUACGAUUGUUGCAUAGGACUGGCGAAGUUUGUCGACCAAUUAAAAGUGGAUGAGUGUUCGAUCGUAACUCAUCUACGUAAUCUAGGGGCGGUUGCUCUGCUCUCUUUCGUUUGUUCAAAUAGUGUCUAUGGAACCACAUUGAAUCCUCUUGAUGUGACCAGGACUCCGGGUGGUUCUUCUGGAGGUGAAGGUGCUCUUUUCGCUGCCGGUGGUACUCCGUUUGGCACUGGAAGCGACCUUGCCGGUAGUUUGCGUAUUCCUGCUGCUUUCUGUGGAUUUAUUACCCUUAAACCAACACAAGGUAUUCACUUUUUCCUUUUUUACUAUUUCUGUUCUUUCUCCGAAAUAUUUGUCCUUUGA